CAAAUCAAAACCAAACCGAAAUUCCACAUGAUGUUUUAAAAUAUGAAAAUUCAAUCCAAAAUCAAUAAAAUACCUUUCUUCAGCAAGUAAGCAAUUACAGUGUUCUUUACUGGUUUGGUUUGAAGUCUGAGAAACUCAGCAUUAGAGCAAUAGUGUUUUUUUUUUGGAAGAAGAAGAACUCGAAAUCAAAAUGGGAAGUUCGAAAACAAGCAGUGAUGUUUCCGAUAGCAGUAGCUCUCAAACCGAAAUCGAAAACCAUGUUUCCGCUUCUCCCUACGCUGAAGGAGAGAAAGUGCUUGCUUUCCACACUACAUGUCUUUAUGAAGCCAAGGUUAAGCAAAUUGAGUACAAGCAUAAACAAUGGAGAUUCUUUCUUCAUUAUCUUGGAUGGAAGAAAAGUUGGGAUGAAUGGGUUGUUAUUGAUCGUUUGAUGAAACAUACUGAGGAAAAUAUGCGGGUAAAACUUUCAAUUGAUGCGGAAUUUGGCAAUGAAAAGAAUGCGAGAAAGCCCCGCGCUUCGUCCAAGGCUUCUAAUGUAGCAAGAGGCAGGAAAAGAAAGAAUGAUUCUCUGGUUAAGGAAAAAACUGUGGUUCUUCCUGAUAAACUUGUCAACUUUCAGAUUCCACCAACACUAAGGAAGCAAUUAGUUGAUGAUUUUGAGUUUAUUACUCAUCUUGGCAAGCUUGUUAAGCUUCCACGUACUCCUAAUGUGAACGAUAUAUUCAAGACUUAUUUUGAUUACAGAUUGAAGAAAAGUGGACCGAUAGCUGAUUCGGUUGAAGAAAUUAUGAAAGGACUGUGUUGUUACUUCGACAAAGCGCUGCCAGUGAUGCUCUUGUACAAUAAUGAGCGUCAGCAGUACCAAGAAGCUUGUCCAAAUGAUAUUGUUCCUUCUGCUAUAUACGGUGCCGAGCAUUUGUUACGUCUCUUUGUUAAAUUGCCAGAGUUAUUAUUCCAUGCUAACAUUGAAGGCGAUACAUUGGCAGAACUCCAGGCACAAAUACUUGACUUUCUCAGGUUCUUGCGAAAAAAUCAGAGAGCAUUUUUCCUUUCUUCUUAUCAUGUCCAGGAAGAUGUUGAGAACAGCAGCGACAAACGCUUUUGUGUUACACAUAAUAUCACAUAGCAUAAUGCAGUUUCAGAAUGCUUGUUAAAAAUCCAGUUUAUUAACAGGUCCAAAUGUUGUCACAUUAGAUUUGUUAAGUGUUACUUGUAGUCUUGGUAAUCCAACCUUUUCAGGUUAAAUGGAGAGGAACUAUUUAAAGGAUGCUACUGACCCUCAUUUUUAAAUGUCAGUUGUAUCUCUGAAAUUUAUUUUAGAUUUAGUCUGUUGUUGAACGAAAAGAUUUCUAUCGAUGAGGUUUAUGCUCGAGUAGCUUUUUAGUA